AGAGAAAAAGAAGCGCAACAACUGGAAAAAGAGAUUCGAAUGGAAGUAGAGCAGCUGCGAUCCGAGAAAAUAGUACUUACCGCGGAAAACGAGGAAUUCAGACGGCGAUUGAAUAGAGCCGAGGUGGAACAUCGUGAAUUUGAUGCACACCGUGCACGCAUGGAACGAGAACGCUCAGCGCUCAAACGAAAUAUUGAGUCGCGUAUGGAUGCAGCAAUGCGGCAGAUAACGGCCGAACGUCAGGCACUGGAUAAGUCCUUAACAACGAUGGAAAAGGAGAAUAUGGAAUUGUACAGGAACUGCACCUUACUUCAGAACCAGGUUAUUUAUCAUUUUUUCAGGACCUCUGUAUCAGUUUUUGUGAAUUAA